AGCACCACCAAUCAUGGUAGCCAACACGCUGACCUAUCAGGCAAUUCUGAAGCCGCAUGAACAGGCCCUAUAUCAGAACGCAUGGUGAAUCCAAUGGCACCACGGUCCAAGACCAGCAACAUAAUUUGGGAAGGAUCGGAGGUUGAGUGCCACCAAAGAAGGGAACAUGAAGAGUUGAAGUGGAGUAAGGUCGAAAACUGAGAUCGGAGAUAAUAACGGAAUCAUCAUCGCCGAGUAAUUGGAGAUUCUAAAAGGAAUAAACGUUGAUGUGAUAUGGGUAUGCCUGAAAUUUGCUGGAUAGUGAGCUUUCAGGGCAUGGAAGGAGGUCGUCCUGGGGUCAACAUCUAGAGCUAGCGUUUUGUUGUUGGGCGGCACAAUGAACACCAUUGCAGCGUCUCCCCUGGAUGAAAGAAAGAAAGACUCGCUCUUACUGUAGAUAUUUGCCAAUUAUAGAAGCGCAAUGCAUUGUCGAAGACGAAGAAAGUCGAGAAACCGCUUAAAGGACAAAACGUCAUUUCUUUACACUAGAAAAGAGAUGUAUCUAUAGUAGCAUUUAUUGUUUUUUAUUAUCUAAAUCCCGCAUUAGGGAAACGCGUGGCCACUUGUACCAUUCGGCCACACUUGUUAAGUGACAGUUGCGUCAAGCAAAGUCUGAUCUCUUUCAAUUUCAAGUUCCACAGUCUACUUUUUUCGUUGCAAGGAAGGUGAUUAGUUUUCACUUUUCAGCACUGAAGAAGACGGAGAAUGAUGAAAACUGCGGAUUCUUGCCCUUUGAAGGUUACAUUUACGAAGCCAGCGAAGCACUGGACCGAUGCGCUUCCGGUAGGAAAUGGACGCCUUGGAGCUAUGGUCUGGGGUGGUAUCACUUCCGAAAUUAUCCAGCUCAAUGAGGAUACACUAUGGACUGGGACCCCAGGAGUCUACACUGAUUCCAGAGCUCCGAAAGCACUUUCGGAGGUGCGAAAGCUUGUUGAUCACGAGGAAUAUUCAAAAGCUACUGAGGCAGCGGCUAAGCUAACAGGAAACCCUGCUGAAGUCUACCAACUCCUUGGUGAUAUCAGACUGGAAUUUGAUUAUUCGCAUCUAACAUAUGGGGAAGAGACUUAUCUUAGAGAGCUAGAUUUAGACACCGCAACAGCUAAAGUGAAAUAUUCUUUGGGUGAUGUAGAAUUUGAGAGGGAACAUUUUGCCUCUUAUCCAAAUCAAGUGAUGGUAACCAAGAUUUCUGGAAGUAAACCUGGAAAAUUAUCAUUUACAGCUUCUCUGGACAGCAAAUUGUUUCAUCGAACUUACAUCAAUGGAAAAAAUCAGAUUAUAAUGGAAGGAAGAUGUCCCGGCAAAAGGAUCCCACCAGAACAUUCUGCAAAGGACAUUCAACUUGGAAUUGAAUUUUCAGCAAUUCUUGAUUUGAAGAUUAGUGACAGCAAUGGGGUGAUCAAUAUUUCGAAUGACAAGAACUUGAAGGUUGAGGCUGCAGAUUGGACUGUUUUGCUUCUCGUUGCUUCAUCUUCCUUCAGUGGCCCACUUACACAGCCUCCAAAUACUAGAAAAGAACCCACUUUAGAGUGUUUGAGUGCAUUGAAUUCAAUAAGCAAUUUGUCAUAUGCUGAUCUAUAUGCAAAUCAUUUAACUGAUUAUCAGGAACUUUUUCACCGAGUCUCACUGCAUCUUAUAAAAAGCACACAGGACAUAUCAAGAGAUGGGUCUUUGGAGAUAAAGAGACAUGCACUGUCUGUAGUUGAUUUAUCUCUCAAGGACUGUGCUGUAGCAAUUUCAACUUCAGAGAGGGUGAAGUCAUUUCAGACUGAGGAAGAUCCGUCAAUGGUGGAGCUUCUAUUCCAAUAUGGUCGUUAUUUGCUCAUUUCUUGCUCGCGCCCUGGAAGUCAGGUGGCUAACCUGCAGGGAAUAUGGAACAAAGAUCUUCAGCCAAAGUGGGAUGGAGCUCCACACUUGAACAUUAAUCUUGAAAUGAAUUAUUGGCCUUCUCUUCCUUGCAACCUUAGCGAGUGUCAAGAGCCCCUGUUCGAUUACAUUUCCUUUCUGUCUAUAAAUGGCGGUGAAACUGCAAAAGUAAACUACCAAGCAAAUGGUUGGGUUGUGCAUCACAAGUCAGAUAUAUGGGCAAAAUCAUCAGCAAGCGAUGGUGAUGUUGUGUGGGCUUUGUGGCCAAUGGGAGGAGCAUGGCUAUGUACCCAUCUUUGGGAGCACUAUGCUUACACUUUGGAUGAGGAUUUCCUCAGAUAUAAAGCAUAUCCCUUGUUGGAAGGGUGUGUAUCAUUUUUAUUGAGCUGGCUGAUUGAAGGCAAUGAAGGAUUUCUAGAAACUAAUCCAUCAACCUCCCCAGAACAUAUGUUUAUUGCUCCCAAUGGUGAGUCUGCUAGUGUGAGCCGAUCAUCAACAAUGGACGUAGCUAUCAUAAAAGAAGUUUUCUCCGCAUUUCUUUCUGCGGCUGAGGUUUUAGGGAGAGACAAGGAUGGUAUUGUUGAACAAGCCCGAAAAGCUCAAUCAAGGCUACGUCCAACUAAGAUUGCGAGAGAUGGUUGCAUAAUGGAAUGGGUGAAAGAUUUCAAGGAUCCAGAUGUGCAUCAUCGGCACCUUUCUCAUUUGUUUGGUCUAUUCCCAGGGCAUACCAUUGCUUCUGAGAAAAGUCCAGCUCUGAUUGAAGCUGCUGAAAAAAGCCUGUAUAAACGAGGAGAAGAAGGUCCAGGAUGGUCGAUCACAUGGAAAACUGCUUGCUGGGCACGACUACGCAAUAGUUCCAAUGCAUAUGAAAUGAUCAAGCUUUUGAUCAAGUUGGUGGAUCCUGAUCAUGAGAUACCAUUUGAAGGAGGACUAUAUAGCAACUUAUUUGCUGCUCAUCCACCAUUUCAGAUUGACGCCAACUUUGGUUUUACAGCUGCAGUAGCAGAAAUGCUUGUACAGAGCACAUUAGAAGAUCUUUUCCUACUUCCAGCACUUCCUCAAGAGAAAUGGCCAAAUGGGUCAGUGGAAGGGCUGAGAGCUCGUGGAGGAACAAGAGUUAGCAUAAUGUGGAGAGAAGGGAAUCUUGAGGAGGUUGGUGUUUGGUCCAAUCAUCACUCCACUCUCAAGAGAAUUCACUACAGAGGUGCCAUCCUCACUUCAAACUUUCUUCCUGGCGUCCUUUACAAGUUCAAUGGACAGUUGAAAUGCCUGAACUGAACCUACCGAAGUCUCAGAGUGCCCGGCAGAAGUCAAAAAUGGCUUGGCGCUCUGGAUCUCUGUCUCGCUCAUUGAUGACUACAGCUAGGGCUUCUCUCCGCUCCUCUCCACCGUCUCCCCUUCCCCGUCUUCAGCCGCCGCCACUCACCGCCCCUC